UGCACCUGCCCGGGCGAGAGGUGAGGGCUUGCAGCCUAUCGUCGGUGCUGCCUGCGCCGCACCAGGAAGGGGAGCCAUCAGGAGCACCUGUUUCUUGGCAGACAUUUGCCACAGGAAGGGAAGAGAUUUUUCCCCAUGAGCUCCCUCGUUAGCUCAAUCCAGUGGAAGGAAAGCCAGGAAAAACCAUUGCUGCCAGCCAGGAGCAGAGAACAGUGCAGGGCUGUGGCGUGUGGGCAGCGUCUGCUGCAGCAAAUUUUGCUGGACUAUCCUGGUCUCCAUGAUGCUCACAAGGUCCACAUAGCUCCAUAAAACCCUUCCAAAGCUGGAAGCACUGCAGGAGCCUGUCCCACCCCCAGGCUUCCCCUCCUGAACGCUGUGGAUGAAACACACGGGAAAGGAAGGACACAGCCUUGGUCAUUCCAUUACGAUGCUGCUCUGGGGAUGCUCCACCAUGUCCUGCAGCCCUGCCUGGAGAGCGGGCUCAGCCCCAGCACACGGACUGUAACUCUCCAGGUGGCACUGCUGCAGAAGGGAGCUCCACCAGGCUCCAAAGAAUGAGACGGAGGCACUCCCGCUUGAGAAAUGCACCUGCCUUCGCAACCAUUGCUGCCUUGACCCUCCACUUUGCUGUAAGGAUCUAGGUUCAUCUGUGCAACUGCCCUGCCGUGCCCUCUCCACCUAGCCGCCCACCAUGCCGGAGCUGGCAGAGCUGAGCACCCCCCGCACCCCUGCAGACGCGGACCACAUCCAGAGGAACAUCCUGGAGGAGCACGUGGAACUCUGGUGGUUCCAGGACCCCAAGAAGUCCAUCCUGUGCUAUGGGAUGGCUGUGGUGCUGAUCCUGGCCUGCGGGAUCGGGGGCAUCAUCCUGCUGUAUAGCACGAGCAGCCGGUCUGGGGAGUGGCGGCUGGCCGUGGGCACCACACUCUGCCUCCUGGCCCUGCUCGUGCUGCUGAAGCAGCUGCUGAGCUCUGCAAUCCAGGACAUGAACUGCAUCCGCAGCCGGGAUCAGAUUGAGCUCCUGAAGAGUGGGGGCUUCUCAGACUGCCUGGUGCUGCUGCUCAGUGCCCUGGUGCUGGUGGUCUGCGGGGUCGUGCUCACCAUCCUCUCCACCACAACCAUGCAGCUCAGCCCUGCACGGCCACUGGCCAGCAUGUUCACCAGCGGGGUUGUCCUCCUGACUGCUGGCAGUGCCAUCCUCCUCUGCCUGCUGCUCUACCUGCUCUGCACCUCCUGCCACCAGGCUGCUCCUCGGAGCCUGGAGACCGGCGAGAUCCGUGUCUUCACCAUCUCCGGCCGCCUCGCCGCUAACAGGCGGCUUCCUCCCACCUCCAGCAUGGCCAACCUGAUCUGACCCAGCACACCCCUGCGUGAGCCUCCAAUAUGACCCGUCAGCAGGGCUUGUGCCGGCCUUUCCCGAAGGAAGGGCAAGCAUUGCGGUGUGCCUUGCGCUUCUUUCGGAGAUGAUUGGCAUUUGCUUUGCCCCAGGCUGACAGCACAGCAGGGACUUGGGGUGCCUGGACGGGCCCUGUGACCUGGCACAUUAGGAGUGCAGCACCAGUCUGGUUGGCGUUUUAUCUCUGCAAAGCCUCCUGCGACAGCUGCUGACCCCGUCACAGAGUUAAGGUGAGCCUGUCCUGUACCCCUGGGGACUCCAGUACUUGCUUGGUUCCUGCGGUUCCCGGAGCUGUGUCGUGUACUCUCCUGGCAGGAGAGGCUGUGAUUGCAGGCGGUAUAAAGCCACCCUGUGCUCUGUGCGGAGCCGCCAGCUCCUGAGCAAAGUAGAGCCUCUAGCAGCUGAUGAAUGGCAGGAAAUAUUCCGCACAUCAGCAGGCAUGCAGUGCGAGUGAAGGGAGCUCAGUGGGAGGUACGGCUGCAGGGGCUGCUCCCGAGAAAGCACCUGUGUGUCUGUGGGAGUGAGAGUGGGAUUUGCAUGGGAUUCUGUGUGCCAGAGCCCCAGUAUGGCCAGACCUCACAUGAAAUGCCGUUUGUGUUGGCAAUGCCAGGAUCUGUUCCAAUAUGACCUUUCUGCAGCCCACCAUCUUCCGUGGUUUAUCAAAGGGGUGAUCAAAGGGUGUCGGUGUCAGGGCGCUGAAGGGUUAUCAGUGCUGGACUGUGUGUUGCGGCUCUGGUUUAUCUCUACAAGGUGUCUAUCACUGAGGUGUCUUUCCCAGAGGCAGACUAACAAUUCACCCCCCUGGGAGCUUUUCCUGUGACUUGAGGCUAAUUUACCCGCCAAAAUUCUCAUUUCCCCCCACAGUCCCGUAAAACAUUUCACUGCCCUUUCCAUAGACACAGAUCCUAACCUCCUAGUGAAGCUGCUCCUGCGCAACCUUCUCCUCAUCUUCCUGUCUGCUCCUAUCUCCCCCUCACUUGAGCUGCUCUGCCCCGUCAUUAUUUUUGCUCAUUAUUUCCCAGGUUCCCUCUGUAAUGGAACAAGACUGAGCUAUUGGGUUUUGGUGCCUGGUAGCAAAUUGAUUUGGAAAAGGACAGUAGCUCAUUCCCUUAGUAACAGCACAAAUCACUGUCCAUGUUACACCUGGAGGUAGAGUUCAGCAUCAGUGAACCCCGCCAGGUAUACACUGGACAAUGAGGACUUCAUCCCUUCACAGCUCCAGACCACACUAUCGCCAAUGCACUCAGAUCGCCUGAGGGCACUUCUGUAUUCAUUUGCUCUUACCCUGCUCCUGCUGGCUUUCCUUCCCCCAAAGCCUUGGAUUAUUUUCCCAAAGUAUGAGAACAUCAUUCUGACUUUUCUGGAUCUCUGUUAUUUCUACAUUUUCCUCUGCCACUUUCAGAUCAUCCACAGAUUUUAUUAAACGGCUGUUUCCUCCUCUCUCUGCAUCACUUCUCUUAAUCUGCCCAAGAAUUCAGAGGGUGUUACUGAGCUCAGGCCCUCCUGUGCUAAAUCCUCUGUCAUGCAAAGAGCCGUCCUUCCCCUCCGGGCUGUUUGACCCCAGGUCCACCAGGGACCCCUGUGCAUCCACAGGGAGGGGCAGGCCAGAGACGGACAAUUUUGCACCAUCACCAUUGCUGCUGCUCUGCACGUGUGUUGGUGCAUGUGCAGUUAUGCCAAGAUGCACCGUCUCUGCCUGCAUCAGCGCUUCAGCAGUUACUCCAAGGUCCCCCAACCUGCAGAUGUAGAAAGGCCACAGCUGCCUGCACACCAGCUGUUUUGCACAUCUGGGCAUUUCUGUGAAGAUGCGUGACUGUGCCCAGCUCGCAGUUUCACGCUGCCUGCAUAUCAAUGUGAAUCCUCCCCUCCAUAGCCCCUUCAAAAUGUGCCCCAAGUGCCCAUGAAUUGUGCCAGAAAGGGAUGCUCGUGGGCCACGUCAGCAACCUGAGGAGUAAUGGCUGAGAACAAGCUGUCUCUGAGGAUGGCGGUUUGGGGUCUGGCUGCCCAGGUGGACAGCCUGCGCUGCCCCCGUCACUGACUCACCUCCUGCAGCAGCAGUGCUGGUUUGUUCCUUUCUCGGUUCCUGUGUUGUGCGUGGAAAUACAUUAAUAAAGUGUUG